AUGCAUCUUGGCUGGACUGAUUAUGGAGUAUUAAUUAUUUUAUUGGGUUUAUCAGGAUUUAUUGGCCUUUAUCAUGGUUGUAUUCGAUCAAAACAAUUAUCUACUAAUGAAUUUCUUAUUGCUGAUGGACGAAUGAAAACUUUACCAACGGCGAUGAGUUUAUUAGCAAGUAUUAUGUCGGCAGCAACAUUACUUGGUGGUCCGGUUGAAAUUUAUGCAUAUGGAACUAUGUAUCUUUAUUGGAUUGUCGCUUGGCUUACUGGUGCUUAUUUUACAGCAAAUUUAUUUAUUCCAAUAUUUCGUCGAAUAGGAAAUAUUAGUAUAUAUGCUUAUUUUGAACAACGUUUUUCAUUAUCAGUUCGAAUUAUUAUAACAAGUAUGUUUGUUAUAGUCAAUAUGAUUUUUCUAGCUAUUAUUCUAUAUGGACCAAGUUUAGCAUUAAGUCAAGUAACUGGAUUACAUAUAUGGUUUGCAAUUGGUUCAUGUGGAAUUAUUUGUACACUUUAUACAAGUAUUGGUGGAAUAAAAGCAGUUAUAUGGACUGAUGUUGCACAGACAAUAACGAUAUUUUUUGGCAUAGUUUUAUCGAUUAUUUUCGGAUUUAUUAAUACUGGUGGAAUUCGAAAAGUAUUUGAAAUUGCAAUCAAUGGUAAUCGAAUUCAAUUUGCUAAUAUAACAUUUGACUUAUCAACUCGAUAUACUAUUUGGAGUAUUAUUAUUGGAGGUAGUUUUUAUACUACAGCUGUAUAUUCAUGUCUUCAAACUCAAGCACAACGAUUUAUGUGUGUAAAAAGUACACGAGCAGCACAAAAAGUUGCUUGGAUGAAUUUUAUUAUGUAUUCCAUGUUUAUAUUACUUUGUGCAUGUGUUGGAUGUAUUUUAUAUGCUAAAUAUAAUCGAUGUGAUCCUUUACGAGCUAAACUUAUUUCUAAACCUGAUCAAUUGUAUCCUUUAUUUGUAAUUGAAACAUUGGGACAAUUUCCUGGUUUAACAGGUUUAUUUAUUGCUGGUAUAUUAAGUGCAUCAUUAAGUACAAUAUCAAGUGGAAUAAAUAGUAUAGCAACUGUUAUUCUUGAAGAUAUUUAUAAACGAAUAGUAAUUGAAAAUUCUAUAUCAGAUAAAAAGCAAGCUAUUAUUUCAAAAAUUUUAUCUCUUAUAAUUGGUAUUCUUGUCGUAUUUUUGGCAUUUAUUGCAUCUUAUUUAGGUGAUAAUAUUCUUGUAAUAGUUCUUCAAAUUGCUGGAUCAUUUGUUUCACCGAUACUUGGAGUUUAUUUACUUGGAUUUUUUGCACCACGAGUUAAUAGUCGAAGUGUUCUGGUAGCAUUUUUUUUGUGUAUGAUAUUUCAAAUAUGGGUUCUUCUCGGAGCUAGUCUAACAAUACAACAACAUAUACAUAAAAGUGGACGAUUACCAAUAUCUGUCAAUGGAUGUUUGCCAAGAAUUAAUAUUACUCAAUCUAUUCCUAUACAUCAAAGUUCAAAUAAUGUCCUAUUGCCACUCUAUUCGAUAUCUGUCAUGUGGUAUUCUUUUAAUGGUGUUUUUUUGACUGUUAUUUUCGGUUUACUUGGAAUAUUUAUAUUUGGUUCGAAUGAUCCUACAACAGUAGAUAAAUCAUUAUUGGCAUCAUGGAAAGAUAUAUUUAGUGGUUUUUUAUCAAAUAAAGUAUAUAUAAUUUAA